AUGUGGCUAGGGAGCUGCCAGAAUUUACAGGUCACUAAAGAGGAAAUAUCAAAUUAUAUGGAGGGCUCUUUCAUCUUAGUCACUAACAAGCCAUCCAGAAUGAGGAAGACCCAGAAACUUCGAGACCAUGUGAGCCAUGGCCAUGGCCGCAUUGGCAAGCACUGGAAGCAUCCCGGAGGCCGGGGCAAUGCUGGUGGCAUGCAUCACCACAGGAUCAACUUCAACAAAUACCACCCAGGUUACUUUGGGAAAGUUGGUAUGAGGCAUAACCACUUAAAGUGGAACCAGAGCUUCUGCCCAAUGGUCAGCCUUGAUAAAUUGUGGACCUCGGUCGGUGAGCAGACACAGGUAGACGCGGCCAAAAACAAGACUGGAGUAGCUCCCAUCAUUGAUGUAGUGCGGUCGGGCUACUACAAAGUUCUGGGGAAAGGAAAGCUCCUGAAGCAGCCUGUCAUCAUGGAGGCCAAAGUAUUCAGCAAGAGAGCUGAGGAGAUUAAGGGUGUGGGGGGUGCAUGUGUUCUGGUGGCUUGA